AGGGGAGGCAGCAUGGCUGUGCGUCAGCGUAAAAUAAAGUUUUUCUGCUUCAUGAUGAUGCUCAACAUCUUCAUCUGUGUCCUGAUCAGCGUGUCAUGGAACCUUGGACAUGACAGCAGCGGCCGUCAUAAAGUUCGCAUCCCAUCCCAGAGGUUUUGGCGUAAACUCAUACUGAGUGAAACCUUCUGGAACAAGGAGCAGCAGCACUUGGACUUCAUUUACAACCCCAACUUAAACUCUGUAUUCUCCAACAACUCAGUCAUCAUGCUGCCAGAUUGGCUCAAUAACACCGGACCACUAGACCCCUGUGAACCAGACUACAGAGCCACCAAACAAAUCUUUGACUUCAACUCCCUUCCAAAGCAACUGCAGGACUUUCUUUUGUACUUACACUGCAGGAAGUACCCCAUGUUAAUAAAUCAACCCCAUGUCUGCGAUGACAAACCUUUCCUGCUGCUGGUCAUCAAAUCAUUGAUCCCUCAUUUUGAAAGGCGACAGGCCAUUCGUGAAACUUGGGGACAAGCAGGUGUCUUAGCCAAUCGGACUGUGGCGACGGUGUUCCUGCUAGGCAACACUUUUUCAUCGGACCACUUCCCAGACUUGCUGGAGAUACUGGCUCAUGAGGCACAGCUUCACAAAGACAUACUCCAAUGGGACUACAGGGAUAGCUUCUUCAACCUAACGCUGAAAGAGGUCCUCUUUCUGGAUUGGUUUACCAAACACUGUCCUCAAGCUCAGUUUGUUCUUAAGGGCGAUGAUGACGUCUUUGUUAACACCUUAAGAAUUAUUGACUAUCUGGAAGGCAUGCCAGAGGGUAAGUCCAAGGAUUUGUUCAUAGGUGAUGUUAUAAUGAAUGCAGGACCACACAGGGACAAGAAACUUAAAUACUUUAUCCCUGAGAGUGUGUUUGUGGGUGAGUAUCCACCCUAUGCUGGGGGAGGAGGAUAUCUGUACUCUGGGGAGCUGGCGGUACGCCUGCACAGUGUAUCUCAGCAGGUAGCCUUGUUUCCCAUUGAUGAUGUAUACACUGGGAUGUGUCUAAAGAAGCUGGGCCUGGUUCCCGAGAAGCACAAAGGUUUCAGGACCUUUGACAUUGAGAAGAAGUAUAAAGACAAUCCCUGCGUCCACAGGAACUUGAUGCUGGUUCACAGCCGAACACCGCAGGAGCUCUUAACCAUCUGGCCCUUCAUUGUCCGGCCCGAGCUAGACUGCCAGUGAACUCUUUAUUAAUGGUUGUUGUUGAGUUUG